UUGGUUGUGACGCAAAACGAUCUGUCGAAUGCACAGUCACGAAAGCAACAACUGGAAUCGGAUUUAAUUGCUGUAAGGGGUGAGCUGCGAGACGCGAAGCAGUUUCAGAGGGAUUUGGCUGCAAGAGUUGGCGAAUUUGAGCGGCAGAUUCAAAUGCAAACAGCCGAAAAGAAUCGUUUGGUGGACAGAGUAGCGGAUUUGGAGAAGAGGCGUUUAGUGGAGAUGGAAACGAGUAGGGUGAAACUACUGGAGAGAGUCGCUGAUCUGAAGAACAUUCGUGUGACGCUGACGAAAAAAAUCGAUUUGCUGGAAGCAGAGAAAAGGAGCGCAGAAACCAUGAUCAACGAGACGGCACUGCAACGAGAGGCUAUCGAGCGGUCGCUGACCGCGUUGGAACGUGAGAAUAAGGAGCUCUAUCGUAACUGCUCACGAUUGCAACAGCAAGUGGCGCAGUUGGAGAUGGACAACGGCACGCGUCUGAUUGCGAUGAGUAAUAGGCAGAAGGAGGAACACGAGAAGUUCGUUCAGGCAAUCAAGGCAGAGAAAGUUCAGGUGGAACGUAUUGUUGAGAAUCGUGAUCGUAUCCAAAAAACGCGCAUAAAACAGUUGGAGAAUCAGCUGAACGCGUUGCGAGAGCUACUCACAAGCGAGCGUUUGCGUAGCAGACGUGAUGACGGCGAUAAGUUGCUGAUGAUGAGCGAUUUUGGCGGGAAAAUGGCUGGUGGUUACGGUAGCAUUUUGGCGGGAAUUAGUGGGCACGGUGCCAGCAGCGUGGGCGUGGCCAGCAGCGAUUUUGGCGGUACAUUGCCAUACGGCGGCAGCGCCCUGGGCGCGACGACAGGUCUGGGUCUAGGAGGCGUGGGGCUCGGCCUGGGCCUAGGCCUAGGAGCCGCCUCAGAGCCACCAAUAGACCUUGGCCCUGUGAGACUAGUGGGCGGAGCUACGAGACCUGGAGCCGCGACGCUCACGUCGGCGACGGCGUUCGAUUACGCGUUCAGCGAUGUGGGUGGAUCAAAAUUGGCAUCCCGCCAGAUGACGUCAUCUCAAGCUCGUUCGAUAUCUCCAAUUCGCGAACAUCCAUCACCGCCUGCAGAUAUGAGCUCGCUUAAAGAGACGGAAACAGUCACUAAGCCAACGGGUUCAAAUGAAGAAGAGAUAAAAUUAGGCAGAGACGAUGAAUUGAAGUCUCAGGCAAGCUCAUCAAGUGGUAGCAGUGAGGGCCGAGAACAAAAGAAAACCACCAUCGUGGUACAUAUGAAAGGUGCGACAACGCCACCGCCAACCGCGACAAAACACGACUCGUCGGAGCAUUCGUAUAGUGAAUAG